UAUGUACGGUUGAUCUGUGUUUUUCUGUAUUUUUAUAGAUGAUGAAGAUGAUGAUUUUAAUACCCAGAUGCGCAGCAGCGGCCCUGUCUUUAACCAUCCGGACUAUGAAGGUCAACCCCUGAAGCGCAGAGGGAGCUAUCAAUUUCUGCCGCCUAGCAUGUCUGAGCUGAGGGUUGUUCUGCUGGGGAACAGCUGGUCUGAGAGGAGUUCAGUGGGGAACUUCAUACUGGGAGAGACUAAGUUCAACACUGAUGAAGAACCAGACGACUGUCUGAGAGAAAGAGGACGGUUAAAGGAGAAAGAAAUAGUUCUCAUCAACACCCCAGAUCUGCUGCAUCCCAACAUCUCUGAAGAGAAACUGACAGAACAUGUGACAAACUGUGUGAGACUCUGUGAUCCUGGACCUCAUGUGUUCCUGCUGGUUCUACAGCCUGAAGACUUCACUGAGGAACACAAACUGAGGCUACAAUCAAUCCUUGAAAACCUCAGCGAUCGAUCAUUUGAUCAUUCACUGGUUCUGAUAUCAACACCGAGAGAGGAGAGCUCAGAUUACUUGGGGAAAUAUCUACAGCAUCCACUGGUGGGAAGCAUUAUCAGAAAAUGUAGAUCCAGGUUGUUGUGCUACAAGAACCUUGAACAUCAACAGUUGUUAACUCUCAUGAAUAAAAUAGUGAAGGAGAACAAUGGAGAUCAUGUGAGCUGUGAUGUUUUCAAAGACGCAACAUCUGUUUUGCCUGGUGGUCAUCAAAGCCUGGAACAAGCAGGAACUCGUCUCCUCACCAUCAGACCAAAGUCUGAACACAUCAAACCAGCUUUAAACCUGGUUCUGUGUGGGAGGAGAGGAGCAGGGAAGACUUCAGCAGCCAAGGCCAUUUUAGGUCAGACAGAGUUUCAUUCAGUCUCCAACUCAUCAGAGUGUGUUAAACAUCAGGGAGAGGUGUAUGGACGUUGGGUUUCCCUGGUGGAGCUGCCUGCCUUGUAUGGAAAACCUCAGGAGGCAGUGAUGGAGGAAUCACUCAGGUGUAUCUCCCUCUGUGAUCCUGAGGGCGUCCAUGUCUUCAUCCUGGUCCUACCUGUGGGUCCCCUCACUGAUGAAGACAAGGGAGAGUUAAAGACCAUCCAGAACACAUUCAGCUCUCGAGUCGAUGACUUCACCAUGAUUCUGUUCACUGUGGAGUCAGAUCCUGCAGCUCCAGCUUUUGUUAACUUUGUAAGUCAGAACAGAGACAUCCAGGAGCUCCGUCAGAGCUGUGGAGGAAGAUAUGUUGUUCUCAACAUCAAGGACAAGCAGCAGAUCCCAGAGCUGUUGGACAUGGUGGGAAAAAAUAGACUGACACUCUACAAGGAAAAACCAUCCUGCUACACAGCAGAAACAUUUGCAUUUGCCCAAAUAGAAAAAGUCAUACAGCAAGAGAAAGAGCUUAAGGACUUGAAAAAAAACAGCAUGGUCAGAUCCAGUGAUGAGGAGCAGAGCCCAGAGAGUCUCAGGAUUGUGCUGAUAGGGAAGACUGGAACUGGCAAGAGCUCUUCAGGAAACACCAUUCUAGGAAGAGACAAGUUUACAGCCAAACCAAGUCAAAAAUCAGUCACCAAACUUUGUCAGAAAGCACAGAGUGAAGUGGACGGUCGUCCGGUCGUUGUGGUCGACACUCCUGGUCUGUUUGACAAUAGUUUGACCCAUGAAGAGGUUUAUGAGGAGAUGGUGAAAUGCAUCAGUCUUCUGGCUCCAGGACCACAUGUCUUCCUGUUGGUGUUACACAUUGGCAGAUUUACACCAGAGGAGAAGGAGGCAUUAAAACGCAUCAAGGAAGGCUUUGGGAAGAAUGCUGAAAAGUUCACCAUCAUUCUUUUAACUGGAGGAGAUUCAUUGGAGGAGAUCAAUUUGUCAGUUGAAGAAUAUAUUAGAAAAGAAUGUGAUGAUUCUUUUAAGAAGCUGAUCUCUGACUGUGGAGGAAGAUACCAUGUGUUUAAUAACCGUCAGAAACAAAACCACGCACAAGUCAGUGAGCUGAUAACCAAGAUUGACACCAUGGUGAAGGAAAACAUGGGAAGCUUUUACACCAAUGAGAUGCUGCAAGAGGCCGAGGCAGCUAUAAAGAAAGAAAUGGAGAGAAUCCUGAAGGAGAAGGAAGAAGAGAUGAAGAGAGAGAGGGAGGAACUUCAAGGAAAACAUGAGGAGGAAAUGCAAGAGGUGCAAAGAAGAAUGGAAGAACAGAGAGCAGAAAUUGAAAAUGAGCGAAAACUGAGACAAAAAGAACUUGAAGAAAAGGAGGAGAAGAUAAAGAAGGAACGUGAGGAGAGAAAGAGAGAACAGGAAAUGAGAGACGAAGAAAAAAGGAAGAGAAAACAACAGGAAGAAAUUCAACGACAGGAGUGGGAACAAAAAGUUGAAGCUUUGGAGCAAAAUAUAAGAUCAGAGUCAGAAACAAAGGAAACCAUUGACAGAAAGCUGAAGGAGAGCAGAGAAGAGAUGAGAAAAGAACGAGAGAACUGGGAGAAAACACAAAGAGAAUGGUGGAAAAAACGAAAACAGGACGAAAAGAGACGACAGAAGGAACAAACCAGACUUAGAAAGAAUCAAGAACAAUUUGAACAGGAAAGAGAAAAUGAUGAAAAGAAAAGAAAGGAAGAGGACAGAAUAAGGAAGGAACAAGAGGAAAAAGAGAAAAAAGACAUUGAGGAGAACUAUAAGAAGAAAAUGGAUAAUCUGAAGAAGACUUAUGAAGAGGAGGCCAGACAGAAAGCUGAAGAGUUUAAUGAAUUCAAAGAGAAAUACAGAAAGGAGUUUGCAGCUCAGAAGAAACAGCAUGAGGAAGAAAUGAAAGAGAAAGAUGAUCAAUAUGACUUCUUAAAGGCACUUUCAGCUCACAAAGAAAGUAAAAGGAUGGAGAAACAUCAACAAGAAAUCAAUGACUUAGUGAAAUGUGUGACCAAAAAGAGGGAAAAUCUGAAAAAAAUUAAUUGCUUAUUGGAAAAACAGGAACAAGAAAUGAAGAUUGUGAAAAAUGAGGAGGAACAGAAAAUUCUACAGGAAGCACAUGAAAACCAAAUAAGUGACCUGUUACAGGAACUUAUUAAUCAAGUCGACGCAUCAAGCUGUUCCAUUUUAUGAGGAAGUGUUUCAUGUAAACGCCUCGUCGACAGGUUUCAUUUGGUUUCAAUAACUGAACUUUUAAAGAAGCAGAGAUUUCAUUGUGAUAUUUUACAGUGUGUUUUUUCAGCGAUGUGAUGUAUACCAUGGCCACCCAUAGGAAUAAUUUACUCGGGGGACGCUGGGGACGCUGGA